CUCCUGCUCCUUGGCGAACUCAUGGCCGACAUACCUGGAACUUUAAAAGGCGUCGAGGUCAAAACUUUCUUCCAUCUCAAGCUAACAACUCAACCCUAAGUUUUAGCUCAACCUUUUCAACUGGGUCCGAAACUUGAAAUGAAGCUUUCCACAGUCAUACCGGCUUUGUUCCAUUUGUCCCUCUCCGCCACUUGCUUUGCAGCCAAGUCAUUCUCCGCCUCGAAUCUUUACUAUGCUGCUGGCCUAAACACCCAGCAACAGACCACACUUUUCCAAGGCCUUCAGAGCGCUGGCGUCAAAGUCCUACGAGUAUGGCUUGACGGCCAAUCGGGAAGCGAAAAGGGCACAACUUUGGACAACUUCAACAGCCUCCAGGGUGACGGUCCCGAUGCGUGGGACGACACUGUGCUCAACCGCCUCGACAACUUCAUGGUUCACGCCCACGACUACGGCAUCAAACUGCUCGUUUCCAUCCACAGCUACAACGCUCUCGAAGCAAACUCUGACUUUUACGGCAAAUGGUACGGCACUGGCGACUUCUACACUAACAACGAAGCGAUGGGGUCCUUCAAGACGCGCAUUGCGCAUGUUCUUGGACAUGUGAACCCGAAGAAUGGCAAGACCUGGGCCCAAAGCUCCGAGUACAUCUUUGCCUUUGAGGCGCAAAACGAAGCUAUGCAUCCACAGGGGAACCCAUCAGCCCUAGCGUCAUGGCAGUGCACGAUGGCGCAGGCAAUUAAGCAAGGCCUCAACGGGAGUACCGAUAUUCUGGUCACUACCGGAGGUGGUGCUUAUGUCGACAACUCUCUGCUAGACCCUUACUUCAGCUGCAGCGCUCUGGACGUCCUUGCCAUCCACGCCUAUGGAGUUGACGAUUUCACUACGUCAAAGCUUCAACCCUACGUCACCAAAGCCAAGAAUGCCGGGAAGAAGCUCAUCAUGCAAGAAUGGGGCGCUUGUUACACGAAUGCCCCGAACCACAACUGCAACGGCGGCAGUCCCAUUGGUACAGGAACCAGAGAUUCCAACAUUCGUACUUGGGCUGAGAGCAUCGACGCUGCCGGGAUUCCUUGGUUCUACUGGCAGAUCUUGCCUAACCCUGACCCCCAUCACGGGUGGGACUAUGAAGUGGGAAUCAAUGAUGUGAAUUGGAACGCGCUCAAGGCGGCUGGUCUCGCCGCAGGCCAAGCCGAAUCGGCAUUCGACUUUGACCGUUAUCUCUUGUGAUGGAUAUCCGUAACCGUCUACAACGUAGUUAUUCGGUGGAAUGGUUGCCAGUCAUACAACAAAUGACCAGAAAGGUUGAUUUAUGAGAAGCCAAUUCUGGAAGGCUAUGUCAGAUGAACGUCGAUGUGACGCGGACAAUGAAAACCACUAGGCGGAAAUCUCACAAUUCUGAAUUGGCCCGCGUCCAGGCUAGUAGUGCAUGCCGAUUUGCGUAGCUUAGGGUAGGCAGCAACAUCUUAGCGUAUAUCGUAUCCUUACCUAGAGCAUGUACAUAUUCACGUAUUGCGCAGAUGGAUGACCGGUAAUUGAUAUUUCCGCAUGCAGGCCUG